AUGGCCACCAGCAAGCUUCAGCCGUUGACAUAUGACGGUGGUGAGCUACGAAUUGUCUUAGUGCCAACCUCCGACGAUGGACAUGAUGAAGAUAAUAAUGUUCAAGAUUAUGAAGUCGACCGGCGAUUCUCAUCCGACAGCUAUAGGUCUUACAGAGCACCAGACCAAUCCAUUCCCACGCAUCCUAUCCCGUCUUUACAAGAUGCUUUCGCCGAAUCUUUGGACGAGGUCACACGUGAAUCCGACGGACCUGGGAAGCCAAAACUGAGAGAGCUUGACGCACAAGGUCGUCGAGCGAAAUUGCUGGAACAAUAUGCCGAAGACGAGCCAUUCGAUUCAUUAUGGCGCUAUCGACCGGGCCAACAACAACAUGAAAUGUACAAACUUAUCUCGCAAAUUACUUUUGGCGUCUACCUCCUGCUCAACAGCUUAGCCGCCGACAACGCCCAGGUCGUGACCAUUCUUCAAGGACAUAUCGAUGAGGUAGACGAGUUUCUUGAGGUGAUGUUGGAGGACUUUUCGCAGGCGCAGAAGGAUCUCUCCGAGCGUAUCGCCCAUCUUCAACUUCCCAUGGCCAACAGACAAGCUUUCGAGAAUAUGCUUGAAGAUCGAGCAUUCCGAGCCCAAAUUCUUGCUGGAAAUGAGAAGAUUGACCAUAUUCUUGCUCGAACAAACGCUGCCAUGAAACAAUGGGACGACGAUAUCGAUGCAGGACUUCGCUCUAGUGAGGCGUUUAUGGAGUGGCUCAACGAACACAAAGAUAUCGAUUGGUCUGAAGCCGAUCCUGAUCUCGAGAGUAUUUACCGGGCUAUGAAGGGCAAUGCUGAUGGAUGGCUAAACACCUUUGACGAUCUGAACAACCAAGCACAGGAUCUCAAUGGACUGGUUAUCAAACUCAUGACUAUCGUGGCAGAGAUGGAGAAGACAGCUGGUGAGGUCAGCCGCAAGACCUGGUCCAUGAUGAGCGUAGCCCCAAGCAUCGCUCCCAGCAUCAUGAGCUACGACUCACGCGCCGAGAUCAACACAUUAAGCGAUUUUCCUCUACCAGGAGGCACUCCUCUACUACCACCCACCACAUAUCACCGUGCCAGUUUCAAGCCUUCGCCAAAUUUAAGUGCAUCCUCUGCUUCACCCAGGCCAAAUACCAGCUCGAGCGCUUCAGCUUCAGCUUCUACGCCCAAUACGAAUGCUCUGAGCCCUUCGUCUGGUGCAACUACUCCUAGGGCGUCUGUUGCGGGGGAUACAAAGCAGGCAGUCAAAGAGGCAGACGACAGUGAUGCAAAUAGUGGGUUUGACGAUGGACCGCUGUACAUUCUUCAACCCAAGGUUUAUACCCCCAAAACCACCUCGCCUGCAGUAAUGCGCCCCGACACUCCUCCCUCCGACGAUGAGACCAAACGACGAACGAUCACACCCUCAAUGCAUAUUCCUUCACUUGAAGAAUUGCCCAAGACUCAGUACCAAGAACUGCCUAAAACUAAAUACCAAGAACUACCUAAGACUCAAUAUCAAGAACUGCCUAAGACGCAGUAUCAAGAACCACCAGCGCAAAGACGGACACUUACCCAGUCUGUUCAGGAUGCAAUGGGAUUGCAAAAGAAGACUUCACUACGACAAAGAGUCUCGCUGAAAAGGAGUCCUCCCGAAUCCAUUCAAAUUCCCCCACGAAACUUCACAGAGGCACAACAAGCAAACCGCCCAUCCCCUGCUAGCACGACUCAACGUCCCAGUAGAUCACAGCAUGGUUCUGAGCUAGAGGUACAGCAACCUCAUCGACUGCCCCGUGCUAGCUCCCACGCCGACUUUAACGCUCCACGAUUUCCUCCCACCUUACCUUCACCUCACUCCGAAUAUAACCAGCAGACAUAUCAUCCCGUUCGUGCAUCGCCUCAUUCGCCAUUGCAGCAAAGACCUCACACAGCCGGUCCAGCUGAUCAAUACCACAAUUCGGGAUAUUUCCAAGGUCACCAGCGUAAUCAGCCCUCUCGAAUGGGAGGUAUGAGUACCCUCAGUAGCGUGACAACAGCGACCAACGACGAUGCUGCCACAGUGACUUCCCGGGCCACAACACAAGCUGGAGGCAAGCGAGUCAAAAAGAAGAAGAGUGCAUUCGGAUGGCUUAAGAAGGCAUUCAGUCUCGAUGAGGAAGAAAAGGCGGAGUACGAGGCACGUAAGGCCAUGCAGUAUCAGAACCAGUACCAAAACCAGUACUAUGACGGCCACAGCCCCAAGUUCUUGGAUGGAAAGAGAAUUCGAUAA